AUGGAGUCUGUCGUCGCCAAUAACCCUAUUGCCAAGCGAGCUCACUACUCGCCCCCAUGGGCAGAUGUCAGCAUCAUCGGUAUAGCUGGUAGCUCUGGAUCUGGCAAAUCAACCCUAUCUAGGGCGAUUGUCAGCAAGUUGAACCUUCCUUGGGUCGUUAUUUUGUCGAUUGAUUCCUUCUACAAGACUCUCGAUGCCGAAUCAUCGAAGAAAGCAUUCAGAAAUGAAUACGAUUUUGACUCGCCAGACUUCUCAGAGAUGUCGAAUGUCGAGGACGCUAUGGUGGUGCAGUUCAUCGAACAGAAGCUGUUAGAAAAGUCCAAGCACCAUAGAGCAGCCCUUACAAGAUUAGAAUUAGAGGCGCAGACAGAAUCUCUGUCGGAUAAAGUCGUGAUCUUGGACCCGACACCGCAAUUACGUGGUAUGAACACGAUAAUACAGGACAUCGAUACAUCAAGUGAGGACUUCAUAUUCUACUUCGACCGUUUAGCUGCCCUGGUCGUCGAGCAGGCUCUAAACAACGUUGUAUUUCGAUCUACCACUAUAUCCACACCUGCUGGCUAUAGAUACAAUGGUGUUCGAGCAGCUGGGGAGGUAUCAGCCGUAAUCCUCCUCCGAGGCGGCGCAGCAUUUGAGACCGGUCUCAGGCGGGUCAUCCCCGAUUGUCGAUCAGGUCGUGUCCUCAUCCAAUCCAACAUACGGACGGGGGAACCGGAACUACACUAUAACGAGCUACCGAGUGAUAUUGCCAAGCAUGAGAGCGUACUCGUUUUCGACGCGCAGAUGUCCAGCGGCGGCUCCGCGCUCAUGGCCGUGCAGGUGCUCGUGGACCAUGGGGUGUCGCAGGAUCGUAUCGUCUUCGCAACCUACUCAGCAGGUCGGAUGGGUCUGCAUCGCCUGACGAAGGUAUUCCCUGAGAUUACAGUUGUCGUCUGUAACGUUGUUCAGGACAUCGAAGAGCGGUGGGUAGAGAAGCGAUAUUUCCGGUGCUAG